AUGGCGGACGUUAAAGCUCAAUCGGAAUCGGAAUUGGAAUCGCUGGUUGGCAAUCAGCCGCAUCAGCCUCCGGUUGAUGUGGUGGAGGAAGAAGAGCGGAAAGUAUCACCGGCGCCGCCGCCGCAGCAACAUCCACAGUGGAUGAGAUAUCCUCCGGCCGUUGUAAUGCCACAUCAGAUGAUGUACGCUCCGCCUCCUUAUUCUCCUUAUCUUCAUCAUCAAUAUCAUAACAACAACCAUCGUGGUGGUGGUAACAACAACAAGCACCAGAACGCAUCUAACGGUGAGAACAAAACCAUUUGGAUUGGUGAUUUGCAUCAUUGGAUGGAUGAAAAUUAUCUUAAUUCCUCAUUCGCUUCCGUCGGCGAGAUUGCUUCCGUCAAGGUUAUUCGCAAUAAGCACACUGGUUUGUCUGAAGGCUAUGGAUUUGUGGAAUUUGGUUCGCAUGAUAUCGCUGAUAAGGUUUUGCAGGAGUUUAAUGGAGCAACUAUGCGGAAUACAGAGCAACCUUUCCGUUUAAACUGGGCCAGUUUUAGCACCGGUGAAAAGCGGUUAGAGAACAAUGGUCCUGAUCUCUCUAUUUUUGUGGGGGAUUUGGCGCCAGACGUCUCUGAUACUCUGUUGCACACCACCUUCUCGGAGAAAUACCCAUCUGUUAAAGCUGCAAAAGUUGUCAUAGAUGCCAACACUGGCAGAUCUAAGGGCUAUGGCUUCGUGAGGUUUGGAGAUGAUGAGGAGCGGACCAAAGCAAUGACGGAGAUGCACGGUGUGAAAUGUUCAAGCAGAGCUAUGCGAAUUGGUCCUGCAACACCUAGGAAGACUACCGGUUAUCAACAACAAGGAGGAUACAUGCCAAAUGGUGCCUUGGCACGUCCUGAAGGGGAUUCGUUAAACACAACCAUAUUUGUUGGAGGACUUGACUCCAGUGUCUCUGAUGAAGAUCUAAGACAACCUUUUGCUGAAUGUGGAGAAAUAGUUUCAGUCAAGAUUCCUGUUGGUAAAGGAUGUGGAUUUGUUCAAUUUGUUAACAGACCGGAUGCAGAGGAGGCUCUGGAGAAACUAAAUGGGACUGUAAUUGGAAAACAAACAGUUCGCCUUUCUUGGGGCCGUAAUCCUGGCAAUAAGCAGCCUAGAGAUAAGUAUGGAAACCAAUGGGCUGGACCGUACUAUGGAGGACAGUAUUACAAUGGGUAUGGAUACAUGGUACCGCAACCUCAUGACCCGAGAAUGUAUGCUGCUGCACCUUACGGAGGAUAUUCGAUGUACGGUGGUCAUCAGCAACAAGUAAGCUGA